AUGACAUCCAACAUUCCAAUCGAUCCCGCAGUCUCGACUGCACUGCAAAUCUUCGACCUGCCACCAGAACUCCGCCUCGAAAUUUACGCUCACUUCAUCUCCAGCUUCGACUACACCAAAGCCACACACCCCUCGGAAGGAUCCUACUACCUCCCGCUCCUCAACACCUGCCAAACAUUCCGUAACGAAGCCUUGCGACUAUGGCUAACUCAUCUUCGCAAUCUCCGCGACGAGGCUGAAGUCAUAUACGAAACAGCCGAUGUUGUCGCAGCCCAGUAUCUUGCGGACACUGCCAACACCUUCGAUAUGGAGGUCUACCUCAAGCUUCAGAACGCCAUAUUUACUACGCAAGCGCAGUUCUAUUCGUUGCGUAACAUGUUCCGUGCUGAUUCGGGAACAGCGCUCGAUCAUGCUGUGGAAGCGCCACAUACGGCUGAUGGCAUUGUGGAGCUUCUUGAGUGGUUGGAGGUGAAUACAUAG